AUGGUUCAUUUACACACCAACAACAUCAAAAAUACAAAUCAUAUCAACAGCAAUUAUUUGACAGAAGCGCCAAAUAUGGAUUUCAUGGAUUUUUCAAUGUUCCCUCAAGACCAGCAACAAGCUAUGAAUUUUUCCCAUUUUGGUUCAGAAAAUCAAGAUCAAUAUGUUCCAAAAGCUGCAUUUUUCGCAGGGUCAGGAAAUGAAGAUAUUACAAAGCUUAAUAUGAAUAACUUCUUGACCAGUAACACCAAUAUUGUUCCUCAAACUAUCACUACAAAUACAUUACCUCCACAAGGUCAAAAAGUUUCAACUAAUGAUUCUUAUGAUUCUUCAGUUUUCAAUUCUGACGAUUUGUUUUUUUCACAAACUGCUGCUUAUAAUUCUGAACAACAACAUCAAGAUCAUUUCAACCCAUUGAAUAAUGGAUUAUUCAACCACCAGAACAACACAGAUGUUCAUUUUGUUAAUGGAUUAUUAACACCAGCUGAUAAUGAAGCUCAAGAAAUUUAUUCAUUAUCUUCAAGAGACUCAAAUGCACCACCAAGUACAGUUCCAAGUUCAGCUUUCGGAUCUGCAACUAAUUUAAAUUUUGGUGGUAACCAUUAUCCAGCUACUGCUAAUGCUCAAAAUUAUAUGAAUCACUAUAGUCCAAUGACUGCACCAAACUCAGCAGAUGUUAGUUAUUUCAACAAUGAUGUUUUUGACCAAUUACCUCCACAUCUUGAUUUCAGAAAUGCUCAAUUAUCUUCACCAUUACAUUCACCAAAAUCUGGCUCUUUUGCUGAAGCUCAAGAAGCUAUUUAUUAUCAACAACAAAUUCAAAAUAACUCUAUUCAAAGACAUAGUGCUAAAAAGAUGGGUAGUACUGAUUCAUUACCAAUGAGAUCAUCAGUUUCAAAUGCUGGUGGUGUUUCCAAACCUUCAGCUAAAAGAUCUAAGACAAUGGGUGAUUUAGGUAUUUCUGGUAUUAAUAUUUCCAAUAACGUACCAACUCCAAUUAUUUAUAAUCCUGAUGUUCAAAAUGUUUAUGAAUGGAUUAAAGUUUCAGAAAUUACACCUGAAAGAUAUAAUGAGAUUUUAAAUAGAGGUGCUGAAAGAAAACUUUCAGAUGUUUCACAAAUUUUAGAUUCUUUUAAACAAAAACAUAUCAUGAAGAAAUUGAAUAUAAUUAACUUAAAAAUUGGUUUAAAAGAAAAAUCUAAUGAUGAAAAACCACCAAGAAUGAAUAUGAGAGAAAUUCCUUACUCAGAUAGUUUUGAAAUUAUUUGUCGUACAUCAAGUGGAUAUGAUACACCUGUAUCAGAAGCCAAUAAUGUACUUAGCGGGCUAAGACAUCUCCCUAUAUUGAAAGAUCAUAUCAAUUAUAAACUUUAUGAAGAAUUGGUUUCUAAUGGUAAACCAAAAGAUGGUAAAGUUAAGAGACCAUUAAAUCAAUUUAUGCUUUAUAGAACUGCAAUGAUUAGAGCUGCUAGUAUUUUCAAAGUUGCUGAAUUCAUUAAGACUGAUGAUUUAAAUGAAUUGAAUAGAAUUGAACAAGAAUUAAUUUCCAAUCCAAAAUCCAAAAUUUUAGAUGAAAUUGUUGGUGUUCAACCAAAAUUAGAUCAUCAUACAACUGCUCAAGUUAUUGCUUUAUUAUGGAAAACUGAAGAUCCUCAAGUUCUUCAAAAAUUUUCAAAUUUUGCACAAAUUGAAAAAGAAACUCAUUCAAAAGUUUAUCCAAAUUAUAAAUUUAAUCCCCAAAAGAAAAAUUCAACCUCUAAAUAA